AUGACAAUAGCGGAGAGAAUAGCCGACUUCAAAACCAAUUUUGACACGAACGGGGACGGCUGUAUUGACGACAAGGAGUUCCUGGCAAGGUUCACAGCGCUAAACUUCACCUCGGAGUUCGCAUCUUACAACUUUUGGUCAGUGGUCACAGCAAAUGGUGACCUGGACAACCCUACCUGUGUUGGGUUCAACAUAAGUAACCCUCGGAUUGUUCCCGAGAUCGCUGUCGUCAAUUACAACAUCGCCUCCCUCACCGGAUGGUGUGGGAACAACCCAGCUCUCUACGUCAGCAACUCGGACUGCAACCAACUCCCCCGUGCCUGCAGUCUCCCCGCUCUAGGAUGUUACUACUCCUGCUUCAACUACACCCUGAACGUCGCUAGCCAACACCUGGGACCUUCCCUCGCCUUGCCCGUGCUGUCACAAUUCCAGAGACAGAUGACGUUUGAGCAAGCUUUCGACAACCUCAUUAGGACAAACGACCAGAACGGAGAUGGCGUGAUUACCCCUGCCGAGUUUGCCAAAGUGAGAAACAAAAAUGUCAGGAUACGGUUGAAUCGGACGCUCGUCAGUGUUUGGCCCCAUUGGGCUAUGACCUUCAAUUUCGCCAGUGAGAGCUAG